AUGGCCGCCGAGGCCAACACAACUUUUCUUCGACGGGGAAGGCGAGAGAAGGAUGUGGAUACCUUGGACUGCCCCCCGCCCCCGGCGCUGCCACCGCGGCGCCCACCCUGGCCCCCCAACAAUACGAGUCCAGCGACCCUAACGAUUCUCGGUACGGUCGCUAACUCACCCUCGUCGUCGUCGUCGUCGUCGUCGUCGUCGUCGUCGUCGUCGUCAUCGUCGUCGUCGUCGUCGUCGUCGUCGUCGUCGUCGUCGUCGUCGUCGUCGUCGUCGUCGUCGUCGUCAUCGUCGUCGUCUUUGUCCUCCUCCACAGCCGCCUUUUCCUUUCCUCCCUCCGAAAUUCCAUCUACGUCUUCUACGAGGAGUACGAGACAACCACCGAUUUCCCUACAACGUCCAACGACUCUUAACAUUCAGAGGACUCUGCCGCCGCCGAUCCUUGCGCCACCACAGUACCCAGCGCCACCGCGGCCCCCUGGUCGAAACGGUGGGGAUGAAGCGCGCGUUGCGAGGGCGGGAAGCGGCCGCGGAGAAUCCUCCUUUGCUAAUGGAACGCCGUCGUCAAGAGGAUUACCUCCUCGGGCGGGCUGGGCAGUGCGACAGACCACGGGAUUAUCCUCAACACCGUUGUUACCAUCGGCAGGACCGAGAGGAUCGCCGACUCACGGAGGGCCAAACAGUGACCUCGCGAUCGUUGAAAACUCAUCAUUGUCAAAUUCCACGACGAGUAAUAACGCGCUUGGUGGACAAUGGGAGUCGCGUAUCGGUGUGUCGCCGGGUUCAGCAGCGAGUUCAUCGGUUAAUUCACACCAGCAACAGCAGCAGCAGCAGCAGCAGCAGCGUAACGGAAGUUUCGUACGGAAUAAUUCGGCAGCGAGUCCAUUGGCGGGUUCAGGAACGUUGCAUCAGCAGCAGGAGGUGGCAUCGGGAAGUAGAAAUCGGGCGAACAAACAUUUCCAAGCGGACGUUGAUCUCAUCGACACGAGGAUCAUCAACGAGCAACCAAAUCGUUGGCACGAGCGUCUCGAAUUGAGAGGCGAGGUACUUUCGAUGUCGCAAAAUGCGUUUACGCCGCCGUCGCGGCCGCCCUCAUCGGCAUCGGCCUCCUCUUCCUCCUCCUCGAUAACGAGCGGGAACAAUUUACCGCGUGUACACGCAUCGGGAAAAAUCUCGUACGGCGGUGGUCACGAUCACACGAGACCAUUGCCACCUCCUAGAUUGGCCGAGUCAACGGCGAUAACGACGAUAUCCUCAUCGCCGAGUUUAACGAUUGCACCGUUGACGGCGCCACUCGCACCACUCUCCGCGAACGCAAGUUUCAGGAGCAACAACUCCCGAAAUUCCACAAUCGGCGGUACCGCCGGUACCGCUACUACUAGUAAUAAUAAUAGUAAUAAUAAUAACAACAACAACAAUAAUAAUAAUAAUAACGUUAGCAGCCACAACAACAUCAACAACAACAACAACAACAGUAAUAAUAGUAGUAAUAAUAAUAUAAAUAACAAUAACGGUACGAGUAACGCUCGGCAAAUCCAGUUGAGCGUCGUUUCUUCACCGAUCAACUCGAGCCGCGUACCCGCUACGAGAGCGAACAACCUCGGUGAAGUGACCCUCACCGUUCCAAGGCCCGAGCUCGAAAGGGUCGUUAACGAAUACGUCGAAACGCCCUUUCGUCAAGGAAAUUCACCGACGACGUGUCCCGUCGUCGGUAAUCCUGUCGCUUCUAACCAAAAGUGCCUCAAAAACGAGAGGAGGCUGCACCACCACCAGCAUCAUCAUCAUCAUCAUCAUCACCAUCAUCAUCAUCGACACAAUCAUCAACAUCAUCAUAACGAGGGCGAGCAACACUCACAGGAGGAGCAGCAACAGUUGCAGCAACAGAAUCAACAAGAAAGAACAGGCGGCGUCGGCGGCGUCGCCGCGGAGGUGCUCCCGGAUUUGCGAGGAAAAAGCCCCACGAGUACAACCGGCGGUGGCGGCGUCGGCGGCGUCGGGAUCGUAACCGCGCAGGCCCGUAAUCGAGACAACGGGGCGAGGCGUCAACAGAGUCAUUUGUUGCAGUCGUCGUUGUCGGUAACGAGUUCAGCCGGGACUGUGACGAAGCAACCAGUCUCAUUCACGAAGGAACCCUCGAGCGUACUCGGCUCCAGCUCAAUCGGCGCGAUCGGGGGUCGUUUGAACGACCCUAAUCUAUCGAUAAUGUGCGAUUUUUGCGGUAGAUGCCGUUGCGAAUCGUGCCGCGAACCUCCGCCCUUACCGAGCCGCUGGUUGUGCGACAAUUCGUGUUUUUGCUCCGCCGAAACCGCCCUCGAUUACGCUUCCUGUUUGUGCUGUGUAAAAGGGCUUUUCUAUCAUUGUGCCGACAGCGGAAGCGGCACCGACUCCGAAGCCGGUGGCAACUGCGCCGACGAACCUUGCUCCUGCACCGGCCCUCGCAGGACCGCCAGGUGGGCCUGUUUAGGCGCUCUCACUCUCGUUUUGCCCUGUUUACUUUGCUACUGGCCGCUCAAGGGUUGCGUCACUUUGUGCGAAGCCUGCUACGUCAGACACGCUUCCCAGGGCUGCCGUUGCGACCCCAAUGCCCACGGACGACAUCACAAUCCUGGCCCGCAGAGCGUCGUUUCCAGGGACUCGAGGGACCCCGAAAAGAGACUCCUCGAUCCCGUUACUCCGGAACUCUGAGACAACGAGGAGCGCCCGCCGGUACGGGACAAAAAGAGAAAAUCACGCGUCAAGAAGGACCCUGAGACCGUCGUCAUCACUUGAAUCCGAGCGUCCUCUCGCUUCUUUUCAUUUCCUUUUAUCAUUUUUUUCCUUCUCUUCGCCCCGCUCGAUGCUCCACCGAAUAACUAAAAUCAUCGAUUUCUUCCAUCAUCGAGACGGUUAUGUGCGCCUUGGUAAUAUCGAGUGUUUCGCCUUCCUUGGGAAAUAACGAAAAACGUUCAAAGCCUCCGAAGCAGAAGAGGCCGAGUGUUAUUCUUCUGCUCAGAAUUAUCGCGCGAAUAGAAAACGAUUGAAAUACAAUUAAAAUAUUAACGCACGAGAAAACACGAAACGCCGAGUGCCGCAUUAGUACAACAGUUGCAUUUAAGACGUUGGACGAUGACGACGACGACGACGACGACGACGACGAUAAUGAUGACAGUGACCAUUUACGACCAAGACUGUUACGACAAAGAUGGCGAUAAUUAUACGAUUAUUGUUACUCCGAUUGCGCCAAUCACAAUUAUUAUGAAUUAUAUAUUUCUCGAUGAUGAUCUUGAUGAUGAUGAUGACGAUGGCGAUUAUGAUUGUAAUUACGAUUACGUUGAUGUUCAACGAUCACAAUUUUCGUGCUGACAUAUGAUUUUUACGAAGAUCAAACAAAACUCGAUCAUUAUUAUCGCUCCGAUAAUGAAGAUAUUCAUUUUACAAAAACAAUGUCAUUCACGACGAUGAUGACAUUUAUUUCGAAAAGGGCAGAGUGAAAAUGUUGAAUGUUUAAAGAAUAUGUAAUGCCGAACCGGAAGUGUUUUUAUUUAUUAUUCUACACGCGAGCUCGCGCAUCAUUUGUACGGAAAAAUAAGAAAAAAUACUGCGCUCGCUCCUACACACACACACACACACACACGCACACAAACAAUUUCAUACACGAGACGCACGAAAAAUUAUCGUGUACUCGGAUAUAAACGUUCAAAAGGACACGAAGCUUCGCGCAGAAAACGUUGAACGACAACAAAACACACGUGUAUUGUGACGACCACUGAACAAUACGAGAGGAAACAGAAAAAGAAAAAACACUUACACGUAGAUAGCUCUAUAUAUUAUAAAUAUAUAAAUACUAUAUAAAGCAGAAACUAAAUAUAUAUUGUAUAUUACAUUUGUAUAAAGAACAAAACUUUUCUACAGUUAAUUUAUUCGUGGGCGUAUCGCGCGAGUACACAUGGGCACAGAACAAGACGAGUUUGUAAUUAAAACAAAACAGAAAAAAUAAUAAUAAUAAUAAUAGUAAUAAUAAUAACGACAAAGGAAGAAAAAACAGCGAAUGGCUACUCAAGGUUGGAUCAAGUUUGAAGAUGAGAAACAUAUGAUGUGUUUUGUUUUUUUUUCCUCGUUUGUUCGUUCAAAGUGACAGACACGCGGAGUGAAGAAAAAACGAAACGAAUGAAAAAUCUCGUUGCUGGAUGGGGGGAUCGUUCCUAGGGACUUGGGGAUCGUAUGUUUGUUCGUUCAUAAACGGAGAAACAAUAAUAUUUGUACGUUUGUAUGGCAGAAAGUACAUGCAUAUUUGUGCUUUCAUGGAUAUUUUCUUUUUUCUCUUCGAAAUUGACACAUGCUGAGAAAUUUUUCGAAAAAAUCAGACACGCGAUUAACACAGCUGUAACUGACGAAUUUCUACUUUUUGUUCAUCGAUUUUCCUAUGACGUUGAAGCUUGCAACGUUCGAGACCAACGAAAUGAUGUAAAAAAACGCUUCAACAAUUUCAGUAAUUCUAUAGUUUUGUUCCCUACCGAAUUUACAAUUCGUAGUUUUUCAACCUACAUUAAUUAAUUAUGUGACAUGAAAAAUUGGUGAAUUACGAGAAUUUUUUUCGUUAAAUUCGUUGUACUCGAACGUUGCAAGCUUCGGCUUCGUAUUUUCCUCACAUUCGCACCUCGAACAGUCCAAGGAACGAGUAACAGAGAACGAGAGAGAGAGAGAGAGAGAGAAAUGUAAAUGUGAGAAAAGAGUGUCAAAUCAGUCGAGAUUUUCGUAACGUUCGAACGAAACGAGUUUUGGUGGUAAAUCCUCUUGUUUUUUCUUCAAAUUUCAGCAAAAUUCAGACUCGACAAAAAAAAACGAGAUAAAACUAAAAACAAUUCCCGGCGAAUGAUUCUUACGUUUGCAGUUUCAAAUAAAUCGCAAAAAAAAUAAUGACUCGGUGAUAAGUGAGGAGACGGGAAGAGAUUUUUAACAAAAACGUUAUGAAAUUAGGAAGAAAAAGAUUUGCAGAAAAGAACGCGUUGGAAAUGGGAAAGAGAAGGGGGGGGGGGGAGAGAGAGAGAGAGCGUCGAAUGUUUUGACUUUAUUAAUUUUCUUUCCAGUAUUAUCUAGUCUUGUGAACGUUUUGUCAACGUGGAUAACGAUAUAGACUUUUCCGAGGUGACCGAAAGAUUUUUCGGGAGGGUGAAAAAAUGAAAAAUAAGAAAAAAAGAAAAAAAAAGGAACGCGUGCGGUCGGCACAUUACACUAGCCACGUGAAAAAAUGAAGAAAAAAUGGAGAAAAAGAAAACAAAAAAAGUAAUUAGAGACGGAGAUGAAGAAACACGAAAACGAGCCCAUGCAAGCUUAGAGAGCGUUAGUUUUCUUUUUACACAUCGUAAUCGCCAUUCUAUAAUGUUGUAUAAAGUGAGAAACGAGGUAUCCAAUUUGCGUGUAUGCGUGCGUGAGUGUACAAGUCGUGAUAAAAGGAUGUGAAAAUGUGUGUCCUCGAGAAGGAGAAUAAGAAGAUAGAUGGGGCGAGAGGGAGAGAGCGAAAGAGCGAGCGCGAGAAAGAAAAAAAAUCCCAUUCUAACCGUAUUCGAACUUCUUACGAUUUAUUAUUCUCUAAUAAACAUAUUUAAAAGAAGAACGAAGGUUGAAGAUGAAAAUGUAAAAGUAAAAUGAAGAAAAGAAAAGAAUACUGGCGAAUUUAUAUAUUUGACUCUCAUUCGUAUCGAGUGCCCUUACUACGUAUUUAUAAACGUUCUAAUUUAAUAAAUUAUUCGCAACUAGGAGACUUUAAUCGGGCCUCUGACGAACUCAAAGGACUGAGAACUGAGAAGCGUAGAAGGGAGAAAAAGGCGAGAGAGAAUGAAAGAGAGAAAAGCGAGCGGACGAAAAGUUUGUUUUCCUUUUGUUUUCGCUUCGACGGGGGAGCUCGAGCGAAGGGAUAACGAGCCGAACAAUGUUUAACAUCGUUUUCCAACAAUUUUUGAGUCUCACAACUUCGCAUAAAAAUAACAACAACGACGUUGAGUUACGAAGAAAAUAAAUAAAUACAUUUUUCUCCCGCCUCUCAAUCUCUCUUUCUCUUUUUUCAUUUCUACGUUUCCGCUUCCCCUGCUUGCUCCUGCGAGGGCACAGAGCAAUAUGUAUAUGUAUACACACGUCCGUGUAUACGUAUAUUAUAUAGAUAUCAAAGCGAAGGGGACAAUGUCGAGAGUUUAUAUAGACGCGCCUCGUAACUCGCUCGCAUGUUUUAUAAACGAAAAUAAAAAUGCGGAGAACAAAAACACACGCGCACACACACACACAGACACACACACACACACACACACACACGAACACAGCAACGUUAAGGAAAUAUGAAAAAAAGAAAAGAAGAAAAAAACAAUAAUAUACAAAAGCUCGCGUAAACAAACGACAAAGAAAAAGUAAAACAAUACUAUACUCCGCGUGCGCGAGUACACUCGUUAAUGUGUAAAGUUACGUACACUAAAUAGAUAGCGAGAAUGAGAGAGAGAAUGAGAGAAUGUCCAAGAGAAAGAGAAUUUAAAUGUAACGAGAUAAUCCUCUUCUUUGUGAAUAUUUAAAAGAAAAACAAAAAAAAUAAACAAAAAAAAAAUGCCGGGACGUUUCCUCAUCGCGAAUCCGAAUUGUGUACGCGCGAAGGUGUACGGCACCAAACAUUUGUGUACUCGAGGAACAUCGCCCCAAAUGCCUGCGUGGAUUGACGAGAAGCAAUUCCCUCAAAUUAUAACGGGGGACCGAGCGAGAGAGUCGGAAUAAUCUGAAGAGACAAGCGCGCACCUCUUCGAAGGAACUAAACGACUAAAUUAAACAAACAAAAGAAACUAUCUAUUCAAAAAUAAAUACGAACAAAACAACCAACCCCUUCACGUUUACGUUUAGCCUACACGCUCUGUAUAUGUCUUGUAAAUAAAUAUUUGAAAAAAUAGAA